AUCUGUGAUGUCAAUAAAUAUUGAAUUACAAUAUUACAAAUUCUUGGUUUGCUGACUGCUGUAGACUUGAGAAAAUGCCGAAGUGGAUUAGUCGUAUAGCUAAUGUGUUUAUAAAGUGCCUACCAGUUCGAGGUCAGGUCAAGAAACAAUAUAAAGAUUAUGUUUGUCAAAUUUCUAUAUUAAAAAAAGAAUUGAGAUUAAAUAAAAACUUACUUGGCAUGACUGGACUCCGUAUAUGUGACACAAAAAUAAGCAUAAUUAACUAUCCAUUUAAAUCGGAGGAGCAAAAUUCUAUUGAUAUUAUGAUAUCAAGUAUUACAGAUGUUGGUGUUGACGAGACAAUUUUUUAUAUUUUCCUGAAAGAUGAUUCACCAUUAGGAUAUGGCCAACUAUGGAUGGAAACAUAUGUCACAAAAAUAUCUUUAAAGCUACAUGAUAUCAUACGCGAAACGUUCUAUAAUAAAACUCAAAAGCAAGACCUAAUACCCCAAAAAGCUCUACCAGUACAAUCACCAACAUCAGAACAAAAUUUUGGACUUGAUGUUUCACUCAAAGAACCUUUUGAUUAUGUUUGUCAAAUUUCUAUAGUAAAAAAAGAAUUGGGAUUAAAUGAAAACUUACUUGGCAUGACUGGACUAUGUAUAUGUGACACAAAAAUAAGCAUAAUUAACUAUCCAUUUAAAUAAAAGGAGCAAAAUUCUAUUGAUAUUAUGAUGCCUAGUAUAAUAGGUGUCGGUGUUGAAGGUACAUUUUUUUAUAUUUUCCUGAAAGAUGAUUCACCAUUAGGAUAUGGCCAACUAUGGGUGGAAACAUAUGACACAAAAAUAUCAGUUAAGCUAUUUGAUAUCAUACAUGAGACGUUCGAAAAUAAAAAACAAGACUUAAAACCGCAAAUACCUGAACCAGUGACUUCACCGACAUCAGACCAUGAAUAUGUAGACAUGACGGGUUCAUUUAAAACGCCAAUAAAAUCUGAUAUCAAAUUUGAUAUAGUAUUGUUUUCUCAUUCAAAGAGUUAUUAUCAGACAGCUUAGAGAUUUGACUAUUUCCGGGAGGAAGUAAUGCGAAAGCGGUUCCCUCCCGGUCGUCGGUUCAAACAGAAAAAAAAAAAAAAGAGAUUUGACUAUAAAUAAAGGUAUUGAUCCAGUUUAUACACAACUAAAAAGUGUAUUAGAUUUAUUGUUAGAAUAUAGAAUUAUUUUUAAUGAUUUAAAAUAAAUUAUAUGUUUAUA